UAAUUAGCAACAGUCUUGUGUCAUACGGCCAUUAAAAAACUCAGCUAUCGAAGUCGAACAAUUAAAAAUAAACUUGAGAUCGCAAUAUGCGGUAUAAUUUGUUUUCAAGUGCUUUCAAAUUGCUGAGUAGCAAUAAAAGCAAUAGAUUGUUCCUUAUAAAUGAACGCAGUUUGUCCAGCGCCUCUCUAUCCGACGACACAUCGUCCAACCAUGCGAAACUUCCCCCUCCUUCUCAAAAGAGUGCGAAAAAUAUCAAGUCAGACGAUCAGCAGAGAUCUCUGCACAUUGCUGUAAUCGGGCUGCCCAAUGUGGGCAAGAGCACGUUCAUCAACAACAUAAUUAACCACAGGGUAUGUCCCACAUCCGCCAAAGUGCACACCACCCGCAAGUCGAACACGGCCAUUUGCACAACAGGACAAACUCAGCUCGUGUUCUACGAUACGCCCGGCUUGGUGACCCAGCGGGAAAUAAAGAAGCACCACUUGGAGCAGAGCUUCAAGAGCUCCUACCGACAUGCUAUUCAGCAUGCGGACAUCAUCGCCGUCAUGCAGGAUGUUUCAAACAGCUGGACGAGAAAGGAACUGCACCCCACUGUCUUGGACACGUUGAAGGCCUACGCUAAUAUACCCAGUUUCCUCGUGCUGAACAAGAUAGAUGCUCUGAAAUCGAAGCGAGUUCUCUUGGACCUGAUUAAAACUCUGACCAAUGACACGCUGUCGGGCCAGCUUGCUGGCAAAGGAGCAACGCGAGGUCUAGCAGGCGCUGCCACGGAUCAGGUGGCAGAGGGAAUUCCACUCAACAAGCUGCAGACCACUUGGGAUCACUUUGAUAAUGUGUUCCUUGUGUCAGCUAUAACAGGAAAUGGGCUGAACGAGCUUCAGAACUAUUUAAUUGGACAGGCAGUGCCAAGGCAAUGGAGAUUCGCCUCGGAUAUUCACACGGAUGCCAGCCCCGAGGCUCUAAUUGUCGAAAGUGUUCGAGCCCGUUUGCUGGACUACUUGCCGCAGGAGAUACCCUAUAACCUUAAGUGCGAGCUUGAGUAUUACAGCUUGGAGAAAUAUGUUGUCUACACGUCAGUUCAAGUGCAAUGUCCCACUGAACGCAUUGAGCGGUUGAUAUGUGGCGAGUCCAAUGGCAAACUGCGUCAGAUUACUGAACGUGUGACCUCCGAUUUGGUCGAGAUGUUCGGUCAGGCUGUCUCACUGACCAUUUCCACGGUCUCCAAGGACAAGAAGAGUACUUCCGCCGACCGAAUUUAGAGCGCUUG